AUGACGGCGGGAGAGGAGGCCCCGUGUGCACACUUCGUGGUAGAGAAACAGAACGUCUCCCUCUGGCCCAGAGAGCCACCUACGAAGGCUGACCGACCUCUGGCUCCGAGGAAGCCAUCCACCGUGUGUGCUGCGCUGACCCUUCUGACCCUGGUCCUGGCCACCUCUGUGCUGCUGCAGGCUGUCUUCUAUUCCUGGUGUUCUGGCGCAGUAUCUGAUGUAAGGACCAACGCUCAGUUGUUGACCAGGCGAGUGGACAACAUCAGCUCCGAAGGCUCUGAAAUGAAGAGGAACAGAGGUGACCUGAAGGCAGCCAGCAGUCAGAUCCAGAAGCUCAACGCCAGCCUGCGUCUCGUGCACUCUCAGCUCCUGACACUGGAUUCUGGUCUGGAGAAAGCCAACGAACUGAUCCAGGUCUUAACAACAAACUGGGAGGAAGUCAACUCUCUAAAUGCCCAAAUCCCAGAGUUAAAAAGAAAUUUGGCUAAAGCCAGCGCUUUAAACACAAAGAUCCAGGAACUUCAGAGCGGUUUGGAGACGAUGGGCAACUCCCUCCGACAACAAAAUGACAUUCUGCAGAUGGUUUCCAAGGGCUGGGAGUACUUCGAGGGGAGCUUCUACUACUUUUCUCACAUGGAGAAGACCUGGUACAGCGCUCAGCAGUUCUGCAUGUCCAAGAAUUCCCACCUGACUUCCGUCACUUCAGUGAGAGAGCAGGAGUUUCUAUAUAAGACCACAGGAGGAGUUGCGUACUGGAUCGGGCUGACCAAAGCGGGGACUGAAGGAAACUGGUACUGGGUGGACAACACUCCAUUCGAUAAAGUCCAAAGUGCAAGGUUCUGGAUUCCUGGGGAACCCAACAAUUAUGGGAACAAUGAACACUGUGUUGUUAUCAAGAAGGCUGCACUUCAGUCCUGGAAUGAUGGGCCGUGUGAUGCCCAUUUUCUUUUCAUCUGUAAGCAGCCGUAUACACCCUCAGAAUCAUGA